AAUCUAAUCACCGAGUCAAUUUACUGUUAACAUUAUUGUGAGAAAGCUUUCAGUUCGCUUCCAAAUCUCCCAACGCUAUGUAUUUUCUACUUUUCUCCGUUUCUUUGCUGAUUGUGGGAUGUUACGCUUCCUCAGACGAGGAUCUAAAAGUGACCUCAAAGGUUCGGUUUGACAUUGAAAUCGGGGGUAACUCUGUGGGAACUGUUACCAUUGGACUAUUUGGAGAAAUAGUUCCACUGACAACGGAUAAUUUUUUUCAACUCUGUGAAAAACCAAAGGGAGAGGGUUACGUAGGCAGCAAAUUUCAUCGUGUAAUAAAAAAAUUUAUGAUCCAAGGAGGUGACUUCACCCGCGGCGACGGAUCAGGGGGACGAAGUAUUUAUGGAGCCCGUUUUGCUGAUGAAAACUUUGUCCUAAAGCACUACGGAGCGGGAUGGUUGUCAAUGGCCAACGCUGGCAAAGACACAAACGGUUCUCAGUUCUUCAUUACGACUGUAUUAACAUCAUGGUUAGAUGGGAAACAUGUUGUUUUUGGUAAAGUUCUUGAAGGAAUGUCGGUGAUUAGAAAAAUUGAAGAAACCGAAACUGGUAGAAACGAUCGUCCAAAUCAAGAUGUAGUAAUUGCUAAGUGUAGUGCAGAGAGGUUGAACGAACCUAUUUUUGUUAGUCGAAAUGAUGCUAAAGAUUAAACUAGAAAUGUAUUGCAAUCAGGUUGCUACGGUGAAGGGCACUUGAGUUAUUUGUGUCAGUGCACACUUUAAUAUUAUUAAAAAUAUCUUUAUCUUC